UUGUAUAUCCACUGUGUAUACGGAGCAACUGUUGAAAAGAAGACUUUUAUUUGUUGCCGACAUUUUCCUCUUUGAUAUGGAGCCGGUGUCAAGUGCUGAAGAAAAAUCAGCACUGGUGAAAAUAACGGUCGUACGUGGAAAUAAUUUGCGAGGCAACAACCCAAACAGCUGUGAGACUUUUGUGCGGGCAGAGUUGGAUGGUGUGCUGCUGGGAGAAUCGGCAAGGAAACAGGAUGCACCAGUGGAGGGGAGGGUCGACUACAACUUCACCUGUAGCUUCCACUGCUCAGAUGCUGCCCAGGCCCUUGAUGACAUCGCCCACAAACCUGUCAUAUUGACAGUGACAGAGAUCCUGCCCACGAAGAACAAAAGCAAGGCGAAGAUGGUGGUGCUGGGCCAAGCUGCUGUCGAUCUGCUGCCUCUGCUGCAGGGCCAGAGCAGUGUCUCUUCCACAAUCUCAUUGCAUCCGGUGCCCGGCUCACCAGGAGAGGCUGCCUCCCAGGACUCCAGCAAUAAGCAGCCAUCCCUGGAUGUGUCCAUUAGUGCUGAGGAGCCUCUGCUCUCUGAAGCCCAGCUGUCAGCCUCCAACCUGCUGAGGGUUACCAUAGAGACAGCCUACUCUGUCCCCGAGGUCUGGGCCCUGACCUCUGGGUCCACGCCCCCUCCGAACACAUAUGUGGCUGCCCUCCAGGUCCCAAUCACUGCCAAGAAAGAUCAGGUUUUGCUAUUCUGUGACGGGCUGCUGAAGGCCGGAGGGCAAAGGGAGACUGAGGGCCGACCAAAGAGGAGACCUCUUGGUGGCCUUCUGGCCCAGGGUACCAACUUCCUCCCUGGGGUCUCCAUCCAAUCAGAGCCCACUGAGGAGGAGGUCGGGGAGCUGACUGGCAUAGAGGACAGGGCUUUUCGAGACGAGGCAGAGACCAUGAAGAAGAGAGUGAGCUGGGACACUGAGCGUCGCUGCUUCCUGGAUGCAGGAGGAACUGCCAGCCUAUGUCAGAGGAUUGGAGAGAGCAGACUGUGGCCGCUGGAGAUAAUGAGGUCGUCAGCUCAGACGAUGAAGGGAGGAAAGACUGGCGAGAGGCUGACUGAAGAAAACGGUGUCUUUUUCCACGGUGUGGCCUACGUGGACCUGGGGCCCCUGCUGUACCCCGGAGUCACCCGCAUCCGAGGAGCCUACAGAGUUCACCCGUUCUCUGAGACUGAGCUGCAGGAAAAGACCAAGCAGAGUGUCAGUGUGUUCAAAGAGCAAGCCAGGGCGGCAUCCAGCCAGGCCAAAGGUCGAGUUAGCUCGGCUGCUUCCUGCAAGGUGUCAACCAGCAAAGUGUUUGAUGGAGGCAGCAAGGGACCCAAGGAGUCUCCCAGAAAGCCUGCAACUCAGGGCAAGACACCUGGAGCUGAGAGUUUGACCAACGUGGAGCCACACGUCAACACAGAGGGGCAGAUGUAUGCUGAAGCCAGGACGUACAUUAUGAUUGAGAUUUCCUUGGAGAAACCGCUGGUUCCUAAGAGACCCCCAGUGGAGCUGGCCAAGAGGGUGAAGGAGCUAAUCCCUCCAAGACCUGCGCUGCCUGCAUGCUCUGUUGGAGCUGAGAGGGCGAUCCAGGACUUCCACAGCCAGGUGUUCAGUGUUGCAGCCCAGGUUCUGGACCAGUACCAGGACCUGUUUGGAGCCGAGGCCCCGCCACAGGAUUCCAACACACAGGAACGACGCAAGGCUCAGCUCCUGGGAGAGCUCAACUACUCUGGAAAGUACUUUGCCUUCAAGGAGCAGAUGAAGCACUCAGUGGUGAGAAUUGUGCGUGAGAAGAUGCUGCAGACCGAGGCGUUCACUGACCCGCAGCAUUUCCAGGUCUUCAUCAGCCAGCUCUAUGUCUUCCUGGUGGACAACAUGCACCAGGCUCUUAAAAAGACUGUGUCAGCUGACAUCCAGGACUCUUCAGUCCAGUUCCAGCUCAGCUGCUCUCAGCUCAUGCAUUUUGCCAAGGAGGCUCAGUUCAUAGGAGAUUACCAGUUAGCUACCCGCUACUACCAAGAGCUGGUGACCAGGGAGCCCUCUGAGCCGUCCCACUGGUUUCACUGGGGAAGUUUGUACAUGCUGACCAGAGAGCACCUGAAGGCUGAGGAGUGUUUCCACCAGGCUGUGUCCAUCCAGCAGUCACACCAGUCCAGCCUGAUGAUGUGUGGGAUCCUGGCAGAGAUGGAUGGGCGAUACGAGGAGGCUGAGAUCUACCUGGAGCGAGCCACCAGCAUCGACACAGCCAACGUGGUGGCCUGGACCCUCUUUGGCCUGUUCCAUGAGGGACAGAAAAAUACCCUGCAGAGUGAGAGGGCCUUUCUGGAAGCUGGCAGGCUGCUGAGGGCAGGAGACAUGGCAGGGCAACCACAGCUGGAUGAGGAGCAGCAUGACGAGAAGAAGAAUAACGAGGAGGAGGAGGAGGAGGAGGAGGAGAAAGAGGAAGACAUGGACGUGAAGAAAAAGGAGGAGGAGGAGGAGAUGUCCACACCUGCCUGUCAGUCUCCCACUGUCCAGCUAGAUGAAGAGAACACAGACCAGGACACAGAGCCAGAAAAGGAGCCCCACACACAGAGAGCAGCUCCACGCUCCCCAGUUAGUGAGGCCAGCCAGCAUGAACAAAGAUGCAAGGCUGAUCCCAAACCAGCUCCAGCCAGACCCAGCACCACCAUCUACAGGGAGACGGUGGAGUUCCUGUUGCAGAACAAUGCUGUGCAGAUGGCUCAGAGGGCUCUGUCCCAGGAGCUGCUGUGUCCAGAUGGAGGUCAGACCAUCUUCUACCACCUCUGUGCGGCCAGACUGCACCUGCUUGGAGGGGACUACUGCAGUGCCACUGCCUGCCUCAGGGAGGCACUGCAUCUCAACCUCCAGCGUGCAGACGUGUGGGCUCUGAGCGGUCACUGUCACUAUCUGACUGGAGAGUUCAGGAAGGCCCAGCAGUACUAUGAAAGAUGCCUGGACCUCCAAGAGCCGUCAGACACACAUUUCAUCUAUCUCCGCCUCGGAGGCAUCUACCUGCAGGAGGGAAAGUUUGAGAGUGCCAAAGCCAUCUACCUGAAGGCCUGUAAGAUCUCCCCAUCCUGUCUGACUUGGCUGGGACUGGGCAUUGCCUGUUACCGGCUUGAGGAGCUGAGCGAAGCUGAGGAUGCGCUUUCAGAGGCCAACACUCUGAAUAAUAUGAAUGCAGAGGUGUGGGGCUACCUGGCUCUCGUCUGCCUCAAGUCUGGCCGUCAGCUGGAAGCAGAGCAGUCUUACAAAUAUGUCGUCAAGUUAAACCUCCAGAAGGAAGCCAUCAUCAAAGAAAUUAAGGAACUGCAAGAUCAUUUAGGCUUUGGAGACCCUUCCCUCUAAAUGGGGACAAGAAUGAAUUGACAUUUACAUAAAUGCAUGAGCCACUCAGUUGCUCCUUGUGAGGAAAUUGUCUCUUCUCUUGUCCCUGUCCCACAGGGAGGUCAGAGCUCAGGGUUUGGUCUCUUAACUCACUGGCUCUCAAAUGGGGGUAUUCUUAUUCCUAGAGCUACUGCAGAGGGUAGGUGACAUUUUUUAAUGUUAAUUUAAAACAUAGCAUUCUAAAACAAGUUAACAAUAAAUUAUUGGUCAGAGGGAACUUGGCUGAAAAGAAUAUUUUAAAGGGGGAGCAUUAUUGAAAAAGUUUGAGAACUUCUGUCUUAACUCACUAAACCAGCCUUCUCAACCUUUGUCUUUUUUUAAUUGGUAUAGCAAUGUGUUCUUCUUUAUAACUAUAUGAUUUUAGAUGUAUUUCUAUGUCUUGUAUAUACCUCAGUACCACUGAGAAUGAGAGGUCUCCAUCAAUGUGUUUUCCAAGGCUUAAAAUAA